UUUUAGAAGAAGUAUCACGAAGAACGCAGAGUACGAGUGUAAAUAUGGCGGACAGUGCGAGAUGGACAUGUACAUGCGUCGAAAGUGCCAGUUCUGUCGGUUACGCAAGUGCAAGGCUGUCGGCAUGCGACCAGAAUGUCUCGUGCAGGAGCCCGCGCGCAAGACGACGGGCAAGAAGAAGGACAACAUGAAGCAGAUCAGCACGACGUCGUCGCCCAAGGACAGCAGCAAGGAGGACGACGGCAACAGCAACAGCAGCACGCUGAGCAGCGGCGGCGGUGGCGGCGGAGGCAGCAGCGCCGUCAUGACGAUGAAGCUGCCAGCGGGGCUGAGCCCCGAGCAGCGCGAGCUCAUCGAGACGCUCGUGCUCUACCAGGACCAGUUCGAGCUGCCGGACGAGCAGGAGGUCCGCAAAGUGACGGAGUUCCCCACCGAUGAGAACGACCCGGAGUUUGUGACGAAGCGUUUCGCGCACAUCACCGAGUGGACGAUCCUCACCGUGCGGCUCAUCGUAGAGUUCACCAAGCGAUUACCUGGAUUCGAAACACUAUGCAAAGAAGACCAGAUAACUUUACUGAAGGCCUCCGCUGUAGAGGUGAUAUUGCUACGGUCGGCGCGUCGCUACGACAUUGAGACGGACGCGGUCGUGUUUGGAAAUGGCCUGCCCUACACGAGGGAUAGCUACCGCAAGGCCGGCAUCGGCGACACGGCGGACAGCAUCUUCGAGUUCAGCCGCAGCAUGGCGCAGAUGAAGGUCGACAACGCCGAGUACGCUCUCCUCACUGCCAUCGUCAUCUUCUCAGAGCGGCCGAGCCUCGUCGAGUCGAGGAAGGUCGAGAAGAUUCAGGAGAUCUACAUCGACGCGCUGCGCACGUACACGCAGCUGAUGCGACCGGCCGGCACCAACGUGCUGGCGCGCCUCCUCAUGAAGCUCACCGAGCUGCGCAGCUUCUCCAACGAGCACUCGGAGAUGCUCUUCUCGCUGAAGUUGCGCAACCACAAGCUACCGCCGCUGCUUGCCGAGAUCUGGGACGUGCCGACAGCGAACCAGGUGUGAGCGGCGAACCAGGUGUGAGCGGCGAACCAGGUGUGAGCGGCGAACCGGGGAGAACGGCGGGCGAGCGCCCCGUGCGGGUGAGAAGGCCGUCGGGAGAGAAGGUCGCUGAGAGAGAAGGUCGCCGGGAGAGAAGGUCGCCGAGAGAGAAGGCGCAGCCAGGAGAGAAGGCAGCCGGGGAAAAAGGCCGCGAGGCGAGACCGCGGAGAGACGGCGGAGACAGCGCACUGCCCCCUGCUGGCGAGGAUCGCGGACUGUUGGUCGCGUGAACGGCGAAUGCGCGCGCGUGCGCUACGUGGCGCGUUCACGUGUGCACGCGCUUUAUUUUCCUUGUUCGAUCUUCCUGUACAAAUUGAUGAGGUCGGGAGACGGCUGUAGAAAUGCUUAUUGUAUGUAGUCAUGUUCGUGACACCCGUAUAUCGUCAUUCAUAGAGGUCACAUCGUAACAUUUUCAUCAUCAUCGCGUCGUCUGUGAGCAACCGUCACGUACACGCGCGCGCACACACACAUGCAUGUCAUACA